AUGGCUUUCACCCUAUCCUUCUCAUCAUCGUUAUUCUGCCUUUUGGGCAUCCUCCUCCUCCACGGGGCAACGGUGACAGGCGGGUGUUAUAGCUUGGAGAGGGAGGCGCUGCUGGACUUCAAAGCUGGUGUCGGAGACACCCGCAACCGGCUAUCUUCUUGGACAGGCCACCACUGUUGCACAUGGAAGGGAGUGGCCUGCGACACCACCACUGGCCACGUCAUCAUGCUCGACCUCCGGAACACAAAUAUUACAGAUGAUUGGGCAUUACGCGGUGAGGGGAUGAUGAACUCGUCAUUGCUUGCUUUAUCACAUCUGGAGCACUUGGAUCUUAGCUUCAAUGAUUUCAGCGGGAUCCGCAUGCCGGAAUUCAUCGGCUCCUUCAAGAAACUGAGAUACCUCAAUCUAUCUUCUACAAAAUGUAACCGUUAUUAUUAA